UUUACAUUGGUCGGAAAUGUCUUCUUUUAUCCCUCAAACUAUAUUAAAAUUAUUCAUUGUAGUCUCCUUGUUUCAAUUUUCGUUGGCCGUUCGAAGGCUGACUGAACUGGUUCAAGACCAACCGGAGCUCUUGAAAUACCACGACGGCCCUCUCCUUACAGGCCGAAUCACAAUCAACCUGAUUUGGUACGGCAACUUCAAGCCUUCCGAGAGGGCCAUCAUCUCCGAUUUCGUAACCUCACUUUCGUCCAAGCCUUCACCGUCUCAAGAAACCCAACCCACGGUGGGUCACUGGUGGAGCACCGCCGAGAAAUACUACCAUCUUGAUUCUAGAAAACCGUCUCUUUCUCUGUCUUUGGGAAAACAGAUUCUCGACGAACAUUGUUCCCUCGGGAAGUCACUCAAGGACAAACAGAUCAUCGGGUUGGCCUCCAAGGGAGACCAAAAGGAUGCUAUUAAUGUCGUUUUGACGGCAUCCGAUGUUACCGUCGAAGGGUUUUGCAUGAACCAGUGUGGAACUCACGGUCACGUCACAGGCAAACUGUUCUCCAAAUUUGCUUACAUUUGGGUCGGGAAUUCCCAGACGCAGUGCCCUGGGCAAUGCGCUUGGCCAUUCUACCGACCAAUCUACGGACCGCAGUCCCCACCUUUGAUUGCACCGAACGACAAUGUGGGCCUUGAUGGUAUGGUCAUCAACUUGGGUAGCCUCUUUGCCGGAACCGUAACGAAUCCUUUCGGAAAUGGUUACUUCCAGGGACAGGCCGAAGCGCCAUUGGAAGCUUCGUCGGCUUGUCCAGGAAUUUAUGGCAAAGGGGCUUAUCCGGGAUAUGCCGGAAAGUUACUUGUGGACUCUUCAACUGGUGCUAGCUACAAUGCUAAUGGUGAACAUGGAAGGAAAUACUUGCUUCCUGCUUUGUAUGAUCCUGCUACAUUAUCUUGCAAAACGCUGGUCUAAACUUUUGAAGUCUAAACUUUUGAAGCAAUAGAAGCUGGUGUAUCAUGUAUGCACAUACCUAUAUCUCAGUAUGCAUUGGACAUAAACUUUGAAUAAAAAUAUUUGAAAAAAAAAAGAAAAAUAAAAACAAUAUGGGAUUACUGUUGGGAGAAGGU